AUGAGCUGCAGUGGAUGCCGGGUGUUACGGCGAGGGUGCAAAGAAAAUUGCACCCUAAGGCCGUGUUUGGAAUGGAUCCAAAGCCCGCGGGCCCAAGCCAACGCCACAAUGUUCCUCUCCAAAUUCUUCGGCCGCAGCGACCUCAUCUCCUUCAUCUCCGCCGUGCCGGAAAACGAAAGGCCCGCUUUAUUUCAAUCGCUGAUGUUUGAGGCGUGCGGGAGGACGGUGAACCCGAUUGGCGGGGCGGUGGGGCUGCUGACCACCGGAAAUUGGCACAUCUGCCAGGCGGCGGUGGACACGGUGCUUGCCGGAGGGGAGCUGCAGCCGCUGGCCGUCGGGAUUACGGCGCCGGCGGGGGACAGGGCUCCGGUGACCAUGGAUGGGCCCGCCGGAGGAUGGGGCUGCGUGGACAAUACGGUGUCGUUUGGGGGGUCGGAUUUUUCGGAGGUGUCGGGUAGUGAGGAUAAUGGGGCUGUAAGGGCUGAUGGCGAAAAGCCAAACCUUUUAAACCUUUUUCGUUAAAAAGCUUUAAGAUAAAGCUUUUUACACAUUUUUGUUGCUUGCAGAUCGGGACUAACUUUUUCUUUUUUUUUCUUCUCUUUUUUGAUAUCAUUUGAGGAUAAUGCAACUGGUUAACAUGAAAUAGUACCUCCUUUUGUUGAUCUUAUUAUGGGAGAGAGUACAAUCAAUGUUUAAUAAGAUACACAAUCAAGUGAAGUAAUAAAGGAGAAUGUUUCCAUUUCUUUAGUGUUUACUAUGUAUUUUCAUUUGUCAGUGAUAUUAUAUUUGAGACUCGUAUUCAAAAUACUACAA